AUGGCACUGAUUCAAGAUAUCAAAACAGGCAGCUUAAUCAAGCAGAUGUAUCUUAAACUUAUUGGUGAUAAUGAGAGAAUACCUUGGAAGACACUGAGAUUUGGAGAUGAUACUAGACCAAAAGCUCAAUUCACAGUGUGGCUGCAGAUGCAUGGGAAACUAAUGACUGUUGAUAGACUUGCCUCCUGGGGGAUAAAUAUUGAUCCUAUAUGCAAUCUAUGUAAUAGUUACAGUGAAACAAGAAAUCAUGUAUUCAUGGAAUAUCCUUUCUCUAACAAAGUCUGGGAAGGUGUGUUAAAAUGGAUGAAGGUCCCUCUCUUCAGGACAACACAAUGGGAACAAAUGGAGAAAUAG